UACCUACUCAGGAUUAACGUGCUACAGAUAGAAAUAGAAGGUGAAAUGGUGCUUUAAAGUUUAAUUUAACUAAAAGUCUAUAGUUGAACUACCGUAAAACGAUAGAAAAAAUUAUAAAUAAACGGUAACAAAACCAUAACAAAAUAAAAGUAGAACUCGCUAUCUCACAAAAAUCUUAACGUUAACCAUGCAUUACACCUUCAACACAUGCAAAAUUAAGGAUGAAGACAGUGUUUAGAUGAUCUGCUUGAUUGUUAAGAAAAAGGAAUUGGGAAAUUUAAGGAAUGAUAAGGCUCCUAGACCAGAUAAUAAUUCCUGAAGGGUUUUGAAUGAGGUUGGAAUCUGGCUAAUGUUAUUCCUCUUGAAGAGAGGUGAUAAAAAUUGUCCAGAAGUAAAAAUGUUAGCUUCAAGAUCAAAACAAGAGGAAUGUAGAAAAAAUGCUUUGAAGAUUGUGCAGGAUGCAUUGGAGGGUACAGUGUCUGAGGAAUGGCUGAUAGGUGUGGCUAACAUCAUUGAUCAAGCACAGUAUGAUGAUAUUACUGAGGAACGUUCAUUGACAAAAGCAUGUGGCUAUCCUCUAUGUAAAAAUCGGCUGGGAAAGCUUCCAUCACAAAGAUACCACAUUUCGUUGAGGACAAAAAAAGUAUAUGACAUAACAGAGAGAAAGCAAUUUUGUAGCAAUCAGUGCUUCAAAGCAUCCAAAUAUUUCAAACAACAGCUUUCAACAUCUCCAAUAUGGCUGAGGGAGGAUGAGAAAGAGAUAAAAGUCACAUUACUAUGUACUAGUAACAGAAGUGGAAGAGCAGGAGAUGAGGUUGACCUUGGUUAUAACAGAGUGACUAUGAAAGAAGUUACAAGUUUGCCAAAGAAAGAACCUGUAUUUCAAAAGACAAGAAGUCAAGGACCCUAUGUGAGUAAACAAGACUUGGAAAAACUUGCAUCCCACUUGGACAAACUCAGUGUCAAUGUGAAAGAACACAGUUCUAGUGAUAAGAAGGCUUCUGCUGUGGACAAAGAUGGUAAAUCAGAAAAGUUACAGGAAGAUUUAUUAGGAGAAGGAAAGUCUCAAGAUGAAAUUAUAAAUGAAAACCAGUCUCAAGAAGUAAAAAAAAGUACUUCUAUGAAUCAGUUUGUAGAUGUUUGCUCUAAUCCAUUAAACUUGUCUCCUCUGAGUUUGUUGGAGCCAAGCUCUUCAAGGGCUUCAAAGAGUGCAUUUGAAAAGUCAGAGUCAUGUCCAUCAGAUGAUGGAAGCAAAGAAAAUCUUGAAGAUAUAAAUCCAGUUAAUGAAUCUUUUAAAAAUAACAAUAUGCAAAACCCUGGUGAUACAAAUAGUUAUGAGAAUCAAAGUGAAAGUCUGACUAUCUCAACUACAUCUGAUGUAAGAGUAGCUGAAACAUCCACCUCUGAUAAUACAGUGUGGACUAAACAAGCCACUUCUGAUAAAACAGAAAUGAAUGAAUCAUAUUUGGAAGAAUUAUCCAUUAACUCGGCUGAAAACUGCAUUCCUACUGAACCACUUCCACGUUCAUCAUUGAAAGAAACUCUCUCAUCUUCAGAAAGGGAUGAUAAUUCCCACUUGCUUUUAGAUCCUAUUACAGCAAUAGAAAAAACCUUAGUGGAGUGGGUAACUCCAAAAACUUUAGAAAAUUUAUUGGGAAAAGAAAAAUUUCAUCAUAUUCUAGAUGAAUUUCAAUCUGAUCAAGGUUGUUUGACCAAUGAUUAUUAUGACCAGGAAAAAAAAGAGCAAAUGAGGUUAAAAUAUCUUCAUCUCUGUCACAAGCUUGAAAUAAAUGAACAAAUUGAGAAUGAAUUAGAUGCUGAGUACUUGAAGGAAGACAGUGAUGAAAAAAAAAGUGCAGGGUAAAAUCCCAUCCAUGAAAAAGCUGCAUGAAGAUGCUGAACUUUUUAACAUGAAGGUUUAUGGAUAUUUCCAGGGGAAGUUAGAUGUUGAAUACUCACAGGAUGAUGAAAAGAAAUUGAGAAAAAAAUCACAGAAGAAUGUCACAGCAAAUAAGCAGAAAAAUAAUAACAGUAACAGUGGAGUUGAAAAAACAAAAGAAGAAGCAGUUACAGAUGUAGGUUCAUUAAACAAAGCAGAGCCUGUGCUGCCUGCAUUGGAUAAAUAUAAUGUGAAUUUUCUAAGAAGAAAAAUCGUUCUUGAUCGUCUACAACACUCACUUUCAGAAUUACUCUCUGUAUUAGGAAUUAGUGUUUUUGAUGUUACCGGUGAGUUGCGAAGAUUAUUGACUACAUUUAGAUUGUCAGCUCAUAACAUUACCUUUCGACCUGCAGAAUGGAUGUUGAUUAGAAUUAUUCUUCUAUUGAUGUUGGCAAGAAAGAAUGAAGACAUACAAGUCAGUUUAAAUAGAAGUUAUUCGCAAAAAUAUUUAAAUUCAUUAUUACAAGAGUUUAAGACUUCCUUGUCCCAUUUGGAGCAGACAGUGUUGCCAAAGAUACUAGACCACAGACGUAUUUUGCAGAACUGACAUUAUUAACCAUAUUAUUUUGUUGUAUUAUAAAUGGAGAUUGUGUACAGUGUGUGAGUGAAUUGCUAUCAUUUUUA